AUGAAUUCAAUUUUGAAGGAUUAUAAAUAUAAAGAGUUAAAUUUAUGUAUGAAAGAGUUGGUAGCAUGUAUGUAAUUGAUCUAAAAUAGAUUUUAUGCCAGACCAGAAUAAAUUGAUCAGUUUAUUAGUAAGUGACGAAAGUAGAAAAGUCUUUAUUUUUGUUAGACAUGGCUAAUUUAAUUAUUCAAUUAACCAAUUUUUUUUAGAAGGAUAAUUCAUAGAUCAUAUAAGAAAUUAUUUAUUUUCUACUAGUCAGAAAAAUGGAUUUUUUAUAAUAAUGGAUAUAUAAAAUCCUGGUUAGAAGUAAUUUGCUAAAUAAAAAACAAAUUUAAAUGAAAAAAUAAAGAUUAGAAGUAUAUGA